CAUCAGCAUCAGCAUCACAAUUCACUUCCCUGGCCUUCUCUUGUCCUGCAUCGUCUGGCGUUCGAGAAACAUAGAGUCUUUAGUCAUUAUAUCUUACUCAAACAGUCCCAAACUUUCCAUUUCCUGUUGUGUUUCCCUUUAUCCACCGCCACCACGAGGUUGUAAGUGUCGCCACCAAACCUUUGUUGCGACAACACAACGUAAACAAGUCACAGCAAUAUCUCCUUUCUGUCAUUAUUCUCACUUUGCCUCUGCCAUAUAUUGACUGGAAUCUCCCAUAUCUCUCUCGUCUUUACCAUCAUAUGCUGUCUGCCCUGUGUUGCUUAAAGAUAUACCCACAAUGGCUUCCACUCUGGACUAUGAACGGUUACGACAGCAGACUAUGACCACUGGAGAGGAUGCAGCUGUCACAGUCAAUACCCGUGCUCUCAUCGACAAGGUCCUCGCGCGUUACUCGAGCGAGUUCACGACGCUACGGGAGCUGGUUCAGAAUGCCGCCGACGCAGGCGCCAAGAAAGUCACCAUUACAUUUGAGACUUCCCCGUCAUUAGAUAUCCCAGCGCCACAGACAACGGAUCGUCACCUCAGGCUUCAGCACACUAUCAAGCAUCAUGCCAUCUCAAAUGUCGUAGUCACCAAUGACGGCCAACCUUUCUCCGCGUCGGACUGGGCUCGUCUGAAGAGCAUUGCUGAAGGAAACCCAGAUGAGACAAAGAUCGGCGCUUUUGGCGUGGGAUUCUAUUCUGUCUUUGCAGAUUGCGAUGAACCCUUUGUCAUAUCUGGGAGCAACACAAUGGCGUUCUAUUGGAAAGGCAACACAUUAUACACAAGAUCUGGUCGACUACCACAGGGACAUGAUUCCUCGCUCACAUCCUUCUCUCUGCCUUACAGAAAUGUGUCGACAUCUAACACGUCCAUGGGUUCCUCGCCAGUUCCCGACCUUCUAAGCCUUUGUCAAUUUCUAAGUACAAGCUUGACCUUUGUAGGAUUGGAACAAAUUGAUCUUAACAUCGAUGACUGGAGCAUCAGUACUUUCCGUAAGACCACAUCGCCCGCCAGUGAUCUUCCAAUGCCGGCGGAUUUUAAGCCUACCACUGAUGGGGGCAUCAUGACCCUGCGAAAUGUCAGCAGUAAUACCGCACAAAUCGAUGCGACAUGGAGUAACAUCAUCGGAUGGGUCCGUGAACCUAAGAAACAAAGCGUCUUCAGACCAAGAGAAGACCAUGGGAGCUCUGGGGGUGGUUGGAAAAGCUUUUUGUCUAAAUUGACAAUUGGCGGAGAGCCGUCGAAACCCCCGCCGAAGAAGUCUUCGCAGUCAAUCGACGCACCGCCUGACGAGACUAAAGAAAGCGGCUCAGGUUCUUCUAGCGCUACUGUCUUCAUAAGGGUCCAUACUUUACAUGUUCUGACAAAAGUCACGACCAGCUUCUCAAAGGAGCUAGAACGUGCUACGAAGAAACCCCCUCCGAAGAGUACUAGAGUCUCCGUGUUGACUUCACCCUUCGAUGAAUCAUCGGCUUCACUUAUAAGCCACAAUGGCCGGACUUCUAGCCUAGCAUCAAAGUUGUUCUCCUCUGUUCUACCAACAAACUCUGGACGCAUAUUCAUAGGAUUUCCUACCGGGCAGACCACAGGUCCACUCUGCCAUAUUUCUAUGCCCUCCAUCAUUCCAACCGUCGAACGCGAAAGCAUCGAUCUGAACGCAAAAUAUAUCAGUUCCUGGAACGGAGAGCUGCUACAAGUGGCUGGUAUAGGUUGUAGACUAGCUUUCCUUGCCGAGAUGCGAGGUUUACAGAGCAGAACUGAGCGUAUGCUUAGCAAUAGUGAUGUGCUUGCAGACGUGGUAGCGAAGUCGAUACCUGAAGCCAUUCACAUAUAUAAGCAAUUCACAUUCCAAGAGACGACACCUUCAUCCAGAGUCGGUGCCAUAAUCGAACAAGGCUUUUGGACUUGCACCCAUCAGACAAAGCGAACAACUUCAAUGGUAUUGCUCUCGACUCAGGGUAUACUCCCAAGCCCGAAGGUUCGUAUCACAGCGGAGAAGCUCAGCUUUCUCAAUAACUUUCCUGUUGUCCCUGAUGAGAUAGUCUCGGCCGCUCCCGGCUUUAUGGAAAGUCUGGUGUCGAAUGGGUUUCUUUCUCAGAUGACAGUCGAUGACAUCAAACAAGAAUUGGAGGCCCGAGCCUUGAGCGAGACCGAGCUGCUCGAAUUUCUCAAAUGGUGUGGUGCCAAGGUCGCCGAGCAAAGGUUCACUACUGCUGAGAUUCAGACUCUAUUCAGAUCAGCUAUAGCUGAUGUGCCCAAUCAAAGCAAAAUUCUGCAGUUGUCCUUGAUCCAGACAUUCUUGAAUCCUGCCAAGAUUGCGCCAGAUCUGCCUCUUCCGCCAUCAAAUGCACCUUUCACAGCUACAAGUUCCAUACCCAUGCCUCAACUCAAGUCUUUCGGCUGGGUCGAGCUCCAAAUCUUACCCUGGCUCGCCUUUGUUGUGCAACAGUCAGCUACCAAUCGCGAGCUCCCUGAAGACAUCAAUAUGCUCAGAUCCGCUGCUUUUGCGGCCAGAGUUCUGUUAACGGUGUCGAAAGCAUGGGAACAGUUGAACCAAGAGUCGAAGUUGAAAGUGGCGGAACUGCUAGGUCCACAUACGGUAGUGCCAACCACGCAAGGAAUGAAAAAACCAGAAGAAGCUUACUUACCGUCGGUAAAAGGUUUUAGUAAUUUGGCGAUUCUCACGACCCAAGGUCUGAAAUCAAGAUUUCUCAGCGAAAUAGGGGUGCGAUCAACUGUCGAACUGAGUGUGGCUUUCAAAGGUCUGGAGGGCACGUUCACGACCAGAGGCCGCGCAUCUGCGCCAGAGGGGUGGGAUCACGAGCAGAUCCUGAAGUACUUCGCUUCUGUAUUGGAUGAAAUACCCAAGAGCGAUAUAGAGCGCCUAAAAACUAUUCCUUUCUGUUUGGCUGAGAAGGACCGUGGCAAUUACCUCUGGAAGGUUUCAGAGCUAUAUGCACCGAGUGAAGGAAUUCAGAGGAUCCGGCUUCCGACUAUCCGUUUACGCUCGCAUCGACCUGACACUGCGGAAGGGAAACUCCUAAAGCAACUCGGACUUGUUCCAUAUCCCACCGUACAGACACUCAUAACAUGCCUCCGUCGCACAGCACAGGCGAAAGAAGCAAAUUACCAAGAUUACAUUGGUAUCAUGAAGUACUUUACCAGUAACUUUCACAAUAACCGCUAUGACAAAGUAGACAUGUCUCAGUAUUCCCAGACGCUGUUUCUGAUGUCGAAACAACGCGCGUUCCCUGCGUUAUUCGCACCAGCGUCACUUUUCAGCAAUGAUCAAGCUGAGAUUCUUGGUGUAAAAACAAUACAUGAAGACCUCAAGCCUCAUGCAAAUAUGUUUGGAGUUGAAGCUCAUCCACCUUCCAUGAUCUGUGUACAAUCUCUCAUAUCUCAACCACCAAAAACGCUGAAGGAAGCCUCGCAGAUGUUUUCAUACAUGGCGUCAAGAGUGAGUGAAAAAGACAAGGAAUUGCUUGAGAUGAUAUCAGACGCACAAAUAGUCCCAAUUUUCAUCAGUAUUGCUGAAGACGGAAGUAAAUCAUCUGUAACGUCUCAUGAGCAAUUCACGAGGGUAUCAUCCAGUGCGCAGGUCGUGCUGUCUGCCAUGAGAACACCAAGCUCAGUCUUCAUUGGAAAAGACCAGGAGUAUAAAGACCUUUUGACAUAUGUCGACUUCGGUGAGCAAGCCAACAUGUUCCUCCUGAAAGCUGGAUCUAGGCAUGAACCGAGUAGUAUUGAGCUUCUUGGGAUCGUUGCAGAGGAUCCAGGCAAGUUUCUACGUUCUAUUGGGGUAGAUAAGUAUUUGGAACUGCUUCGCAAGUUCGCAGACAACUGUACCAACAUCAAAUAUGAGCAAGGUCUGUUUGAAAAGCUCAAGAGAACGCCUUUCUUGCUUGCACUCGAAGACAAGAUGCCUGAAGGCGAGAAAGAGCUUGCACUCAUUGACCUUGAGGACGAUGAGGAGCCAUAUAAGAUGAACUGGUCCCUGGAAUUAGCGACUGAUACAGUCGUCAAUGAUGAUGUACGACAGUAUGAUCUUUUUCGACACCAUAUCAAGCUUGUUCCGCAAGAAGACUUGCUUGAGAAGUUCUAUAUCUUCCUUGGAGCAAAGAACCUCUCCAGUAUCGUAACUAGUCGAAUUCGACAGGGUGUACAAGUCCGAAACCAGGACAAGGCUCAUCAUCUACACAACGAGAUCAUUUCCCGCUCCCGGAUUUUUCUCUAUGAGCACGAGAAGGAAGGAUCAAAGAAUAUCAAGCACAGCUCCAAAUGGCUCAAGUCGAACCUCAAGCUUGUGCUGGUCGAGCACAUCACUAUUGAUCACUCCCUGAAGGGCUCGAACAUUACCAAGAAAGAAAAGAAAACGGCCAACUAUACAUCGAAAGACAAAACCCUUUCCAUUACGGAACAUUUUGACAUGCAUGACAUUGGGCGAGAGAUAGUUCCCAUCCUUAUUCAACGUCCAAAGCAAAUGGACAUCAUGGCCUUCGAGCGAAUCAUGACUGAGUCACUUAAGCGCCUGCAGAAGAAGGGAUACAACGUCGACCGCAUUCUUCGACAACGUGAGAUCGAAGCCACCGUACAAGAGUCACAACGUCAGAAACAGUUUGAAGAAGAGAAGGCCCGCCAAAAUGAAAUCACAAAUACUGCCAUGACGCCGUCCGAUCCACGUACAUCUAUCGAUAAAACAGUCAGAAUGCCAGGUGCGUUCAGUCCAGACUCUCCACAGCGCCCAACCGACGCCGAGACCUCCUCCAACUCUCCUGAACAGGACUCCAACGACCCGCUCGACUCCCUCCGCAAAGCUGGCACAAAUUUCUUUACCAGAUUUCGUACUGGCUUCCGCGACUCCUCCACGCCAAACUCGAGCGGUCCCAUAUCCGAACCGACCCCCGAUACUCCCAGAUCCCCGGCGCAAGCUCAACGCUCCUCACAAACCCAAGUCGCCGAUGCUAUCCGCCGCUCUCGCCCACAUGGCUCUUCGACGGUAAAUUCCGCCCCAAAUGUCCGGAGUAUCGAUGUGGCGCCUGAUUCAUACUGUGACGCGAACGCCGCGCACAACCUGACACAUAUGCCCGGUGAUACCGCCGGCGCUCACGGUAUCCGUUGUUUUGCAGCGCGAGAGUUCAAUGGGGAUCUACUAGAAAAGGUCCGCGGUAGCAGAGGCCAGUUCGGAGUGCUGCUGACAUGUCUCGCCGGUAUUUUUGGGCUGAGCAAAGAGCACAUGCACAUCUUCUACGACGCGGGCAGUAGUACGAUUGCAUUCAAUCUGGGUGGGGCUUUAUUUUUCAAUGCCUGGUGGUUCUGGGCGUUACAUGGCGAGGGUCAGGCAGAAGGCAAGCGGGCCACUAUCACAGAGGUGUGGGAUUACUGGUAUAUUGUGGCAUGUCAUGAGUUGGCGCAUAAUCUGGUCAAGGAACAUAGUAGCGCGCAUGAAUAUCUGUUGCAAGAGAUUAGUUUGAGGUUCAGGGGUGCGUUUUAUGGUGCUGUGUUCGGGAACACGGGGAGGGCUGGGGAGGAGAGGAUGAUUGAGGGCGGCGCGAGUGCGACUGCAAAUACGAGUGUAGAAGGGCCAAAGGAUGUCGGGGAUCCAUUCUCUGGGGAGAUAUGGGCACGCAGAUGAUUGCCGUUGGAUGGAUGCAUGGAUAAGUGGUGUAUAUGCUCGUUUGUAUAGACUCAGUUACUACAUUGCGCAUUGCGCUUCCUAUGGUAUACCAUAUCUCAUCUC